UGCUGUGGCUCUGUUACUUCCAUGGUUAAGAACUGAGAACAACAGAGCUACAACCAAAGCUUUGAACAUUUUCUGUGAAAAAAAUGAAGAUUGGAGGCAAUGAGAUGAAGCUAGGCCUACAAACUGAGCUUCUUGUAAUGUUGAAAUCAUAAAGAAGGAAGAUGCUUUGACUUGUCAUGCUAUCUUGGCAUUGGUGACUGCCAUUAAAUAGUUGGAUGGAUUCCAACUUUUCUUCCAUGGAGGAUGCUUCUUGGAUGUUGCCUGUGACAAGUCGAAGCCUAUCUUCCGUGCAAAACCAAAAACUCAUGUAAACUAGUUUGACUAACAAGACCACAUGACUGGAUAACAGGCCUGACUAUUCUUCUCUUGUGUGAUUGUGUUCAUCAGUCCAUAUAUGCACCAGGAAAUCCGUAUACAAGCCUUCUUGGAUGUUGCCUAUGACUGUACAAGCCAAGAAGCGUUUGUAUACUAGUUUGACUGGAAAAAGAUUGCCAGGGUUGGGCAAAUCAUACUAGGCUAGAUUAUUCUUCUCUUGUGUCCAUCAGUCCAUAACUCCAUAUGUGUCCAUCAGCCCAUAACUCCAUAUGUGUCCAUCAGUCUGUAUACCACACUGGUCAAGUCUCUGAUAAGAUAAGUAAGCCUUCUCCUCAACUCGGGUAGCAGUUCCCAUGCCUGAUCCUGCAUCUGUUAAGCUCCCAUGACGAACUCCGUUGCAUUUCCACGUUCUGUUAUACUCCUAGCACUAGCGAUCUCCUCCAUACUUUCACUUCUUCUAUCAACGACUGAAGCAGAAGGUACUCUGGGGCGAGCAGUUUGCCCCUCUUUCUCUUGUGGACACCUCCAGGACAUCCGGCAUCCUUUCCGUUUGCGAGGUGAUCCGCCUAGUUGUGGCGUUCGAGAAUACGAGCUAGUUUGUAGAGAUGGCCAGGCUAUAAUUCACAUCAACACAGGGAGAUACUUCGUCACUAGCAUCUCCUACAGUGACUCUGUUUUCUGGGUUGUUGAUGCCAAGCUGGAUCAUGGCAGCUGCCCCAUUCCUGAGAGGAAUCAACUUCCUUAUUUCUAUGGAUUUGAUUCAGCUAACAUGAUACUGUUCUUACUGUAUUCAGGCCGAUGGGCUUCUUUUGUGAGUUGUUCACGGAUGAUAAAAGAUAAUGCUAAUUAUAGGCCUGUCGCCUGCCAGAGUACGAACAGUUCUUUUGUUUAUGUGUCAACUGCGCUGCGUUGGGCUGUACAUGUUGAGCCUUCAUGUCGAUACUUGGCCAUGACUCCUUUGGGAAGUUCACGUCUGAGGGUAGCAGAUGUUACAAGUUACGAUUAUGAAGAUGUCGUAAAAUUUAUGAGGAAAGGGUUUGCUGUUAGGUUUCCGUUUCUACCCCCAGAUUGGACAUGUUCUUGGAUCAUCAACACAUGCCUGAAUAAUUCAAGGAGCGACUUCCACGAACAGAUGUCUAGUUUGAGCAUCCAAAAUAGGAUUUCUGUGAUUUUUGCCAUCGACGUGCGCUUCUUGGGAUGUGUAAGGAACAACUCCAAGUCUGACAACAGGAAAUUAUAUUGGGCUGUGUUAGUCGUAGUAUCUGCUAUAAGUAUCAUGAAACUCAUUAUCGUGUUUGCAGUACUAUCCAGGUUAGUGUUUGCGCCAUUGUCAAUAUUGAUCUUCCUUGCCCACAAGUACUGGAAAACAAAGAUAUCAAUUGACGCAGUUGAGAGGUUCCUCCAGAUGCAACUAGCCCUUGGCCCAACAAGGUUCGCUUACACAGACAUCACUGCGAUCACUAGCCACUUCAAAGAGAAGCUGGGCCAAGGAGGCUACGGGUCCGUGUACAAAGGUGUGCUUCCUGGUGACGUCCAUGUCGCCAUCAAAAUGUUGGUCAGCUCCAUGUCCAACGGAGAAGAGUUCAUCAGUGAGGUGUCCAGCAUCGGAAGCAUUCACCAUGUCAACGUAGUGCGCCUAGUGGGUUUCUGCUCCGAGGAGAUGAGGAGGGCUCUUGUCUACGAGUACAUGCCCCACGGAUCUCUUGAGAAGUACAUCUUCUCGCCAGAGAAGAGUUUCUCCUGGGACAAGCUCAAUCAGAUUGCUCUGGGCAUCGCCAGAGGGAUCGACUACCUGCACCGAGGGUGCGAUAUGCAGAUAUUACACUUCGACAUCAAGCCUCACAACAUCCUGUUGGACAGCGACUUCACCCCGAAAAUCGCGGACUUUGGGCUCGCAAAACUGUACCCCAGGGACAACAGCUUUUUGCCGGUGAGCGCUGCGCGGGGAACAGUCGGCUACAUAGCUCCUGAGAUGGUGUCCCGUAGCUUUGGCGCCAUAUCGUCCAAGUCUGAUGUCUACAGCUUCGGGAUGUUGUUGCUGGAGAUGGCCGGGGGGCGGAGGAACGUGGAUCCACGCGCGUCAAGGAGCCAGACGUACUACCCGGCAUGGGUGUACAAUCAGCUGUCCCGACAAGAGGUGGGUGUUGAGAUCUCGGAGGCUGUUGUUGGUAUCCAUCAGGUGGAGAGGAAGUUGUGUGUCGUUGCGCUGUGGUGCAUCCAGAUGAAGCCAGACGAUCGACCGGCGAUGAGUGAGGUGCUAGACAUGCUCGAAGCUGGCAUCGAUGGCCUGGAGAUGCCUCCCGAGCCCUUCUUCUGCGGGGACGAGUACGCCCCUGCUGCAGAUUCUUCAAUAUUACUAUUAUCAGAGAUAAGUACAAUCUCCGAGUGAAAUAUACCUGCAUAUAUGUCCUAGUUUUGGACCAAAUUCUAAUCCUCCAGCCACCUCGGGCGUCUUGUGCUGAGUGCCCUCGGUAAGUCGAUACUUAUUUUGUAAGGUUUGAGUUUGUAAGAUUGUCUUUGGGUUAAACUGUAUGCAAUGUAAAGAGGAUAUGUUUCUUAAUAUGAAGAGAAAACGUCCAAAAUGGUGAUGCAAAUUAUAAA